GGAAAUGCGGCGUCUAGCGGUAGAGCUUCCGAGAAAGGAGGAGAGGCUUUCGAGAACAGACCAGCGACUCCGGCAAGGGGCGGGCCGCUAGACAGGGACCCAGGAGCCUGGAGCCAGCGCGGACCAAUCAGGCCCCGGAGGGCGAGUCCUCUGCGGGAAAGUGGGCGUGGCCUAGGGGGGAAAUCACCCGAACGCGCCGGAGGUCCCAGCCCGGGAAAACGCCCUCUGCGGUGAAGGAAAGGCCACGCCGCCAUGCCUUCCUCUGGGCCCCGCGCAGCCCUCCUCCUCCUGCUGUCACCGCUGCUGCUGCUGCGCGCUGUUCUGGCCGUGCCCCUGGAGCGGGGGGCGCCCAAACAGGAGACCCCCGCGACCGAGAGCCCCGACACAGGCCUGUACUACCACCGGUACCUCCAGGAAGUCAUCAACGUGCUGGAGACCGAUGGGCAUUUCCGCGAGAAGCUGCAGGCUGCCAACGCUGAGGACAUCAAGAGUGGAAAGCUGAGCCGGGAGCUGGACUUUGUCAGCCACCAUGUCCGCACCAAGCUGGACGAGCUCAAGCGGCAGGAGGUGUCCCGGCUGCGGAUGCUGCUCAAGGCCAAGAUGGAUGCAGAACAGGAGCCCAAUGUACAGUUGGAUCACCUGAGCCUCCUGAAGCAGUUUGAACACCUGGACCCUCAGAAUCAGCACACCUUUGAGGCCCGGGACCUGGAGCUGCUGAUCCAGACGGCCACCCGGGACCUUGCCCAGUAUGACGCGGCCCAUCAUGAAGAGUUCAAACGCUACGAGAUGCUCAAGGAACAUGAGAGACGCCGUUACCUGGAGUCACUGGGAGAGGAGCAGCGAAAGGAGGCAGAGAGGAAGCUGGAAGAACAACAGCGCCGGCACCGAGAGCACCCCAAAGUCAAUGUACCUGGCAGCCAAGCCCAGUUGAAGGAGGUGUGGGAGGAGCUGGAUGGAUUGGACCCCAACAGGUUUAACCCCAAGACCUUCUUCAUACUGCAUGAUAUCAACAGUGAUGGGGUCCUGGAUGAACAGGAGCUGGAGGCCCUCUUCACCAAGGAGCUGGAGAAGGUGUAUGACCCAAAGAAUGAAGAAGAUGAUAUGCGGGAGAUGGAGGAGGAGCGGCUUCGCAUGAGGGAGCACGUGAUGAAGAAUGUGGAUACCAACCAGGACCGCCUCGUGACCCUGGAGGAGUUCCUCACAUCCACCCAGAGGAAGGAAUUUGGGGACACCGGGGAGGGCUGGGAGACAGUGGAGAUGCACCCUGCCUACACGGAGGAUGAACUAAGGCGUUUUGAGGAGGAACUGGCCGCCCGGGAGGCAGAGCUGAAUGCCAAGGCGCAGCGCCUCAGCCAGGAGACUGAGGCCCUGGGGCGCUCUCAGGGCCGCCUGGAGGCCCAGAAGAGAGAGCUGCAGCAGGCCGUUCUGCAGAUGGAACAAAGGAAACAGCAGCAGCAAGGCCAGAACAGCCCAGCCCCUGGUCCCGAGGGACAGCUGCAGUUCCACGCAGACGCAGACGAUGCACCUGUCCCAGCUCCAGCUGGUGACCAGAAGGACGUAGACCCUUCAGAAAAGAAGGCUCCUGAUCAGCCCCCUGAGCUGCCCCAGUUGGACACCCAACCCCUGUGAUCCUCCUGGGGACCCCCGCUCACUCUGGGUUCCUACGGGGGCAGCGGGUGGGAGCAGGAUGAGGAGUCGACAUCAACCUCCUCUGGGCGCCAGCGACUUGUGUGGCCACGUGGGGGAGGGGAGGGCCGGGUGGCCCUUCACACAUUGCCCCCGAGCCCCGCAUCUGCCACCUCAGCUUCCACAGCCUCCCGGUCUGUGGCCCCUUCUUCCGGAUCCUCUCCAGCGGGCUGCCUUCUCAAGUCUAGUUGGGCCCUCACUGGGUCACCCUAACUUAGGGAAGUCCUCUCCCUCCCGAGAAGGUUCUGCCUUGUGCCCACCUCCCCAGAUGGUUUGGCCUCAGCUGCCCAGGUCGCGGCUACUCGGGCAUCCUGCAUCCACCCCCACAGCUGCUGGAAUUCUGCCUGCUGCCCGGCUUCUGCCAGUUGAUGAGGCUUGGGUGGUCCCUCGAGAGGGCCACCGGUGCCUCAAGGGCAGUGUCUUCCCCGUGGCUGGCUGCGAGGGACAGCAGAGUCGUCAGUUGUCAGCACAGCUGAUUAGCACUGAUCCCAGGAACCCAGACUCUCCCUGACUCCUGGCUUCCGGCUGCCUCAGCCUCCACCCUGACUGCUUGGCUUACAGCCCCAGAAGGGUCCCCAAGCCAACCCUGCCCCAGGAUCGGGUUCCAGCCCCUCAGCCUCAUGUGGGAGCCCCACCCCCACCCCCUUCUGGCCUUCUCACACCCGUCGGCUCCAAGUUCUGCUCUGUACUCCAGUUCCAUCCAAAUACACCUUCUGGAACAA